AUGCCGGUACCGGACAUUGCCGCGGCGGCUGCGCCAGCUGAUCUGUCGCUGUCGCAGUCCAUGUCUGCGUCUGCUUCAGAGCUCAAACGGCCGGCUUCGGCCGCAUCGUCGCUCGACGACAGCCAGACGCUCUCGCGCACCAAGGCUGCCAAGUCGCACUAUGCCAGAGCCGCACGCGCCUUUCUCGCCAAGGACCUGCCCACCGCGCUGGUGCAGAGCCAGCUGGCGGCCGACCUGAUCUCGGCGUCGAAUCAGCUGGGCAGUAGCCUGACCGCCUCGUCGUUCCUCAACGAUGCCGACCUGGACGUCCAGAAGCUCGUGGAAAAGAUCGCCGUGCUUCGACUCACGGUGUUCACGCAGGUGUAUACCGAUCAACGCACCUUGGCUAGCGUCACCGACGCCCUCACGCAGGCCAAGCAGAAAGCCGGCUCGGACGGUGCAGCGAUGGAUCGGGUGGCGUUGCUGCUUUCCAAGCAGCCGCUGAGCCUGAUCAGCCACCUGUGGUUCGAGGCACUCCGACUGUGCUCGCACACAUCCAGCGACGCGGAUGCGCCUUCGCUCGACCCGACGCCCGAGACGAUCCACCUGGCGAUUGAACUGCCGGCGUCGGUAGUGUCGUCUGCGGUGCUGGCAGCGCUGAGGCUGGACGCUCUCGAGCCCGCCACGCGCACCGGCACCAAUGCGGCACGCCUGAUCGCCGAGUGGUAUCUAGCGUCGUUUUCGUCGGCGUUCGGCGCCGCGCCGCCCACGCCCAGGGCAGCGGCUGCGUACGAGAACAUCGUGGGGCUCUACUCGCUGCACGUGCUCGCUUCGCGGCUGGGCGAGUGGGAGUAUGCGCGCGAGUUUGUGGGCUACUCGAGUCUGGCCGAAUCGGUCAAGUUUGGGCUGCUGGAGCAGAUCGGCGAAGCGCAGGCGCAUCUCACGGCGCAGACGCAGCGCGAGCAGGACGCCAUCGCCAGCGCCCAGAAGGCCUACACCGAAGAAAAGCACAAGCGUGCCGAGGAAGACAAGCAGGCAAAGCAGGCGGCGGCGGCGGCGGCUGCCGCCAACACGACCAGCAAAGGCGCGAGCAAGGCCGCCAGCAAGGCACGCGAUAUCGCAUCGGGCAUCGGCAACUUCCUGUCCAGCAAGACGGACUCGGGCGCUCAGGAUUCGGCUCAGUCGUCGCCGCUGGCGUCGGGCACGGUGGCGGAGACAGGCGGAUCGUCGCAUCGAAAGCGAAGCCAGUCGCCCACGUACUUUUCGCCGCGCAACGGUGCGGGCGAGUCGAGCUCUUCGUCGUCGACGAGCCCCGCCAUUUCGCCUGGUUCGACUCGCAGCGCCGAGGGCUCGAGCAAGGCGACGUCGACUGCCUCGGGUAUGGAGGAAGAGGCCAAGUCGGCACGUCGGUCGAUGCGUCGAUCGAGCUCGUCGCGCUCGUCGGACGCGGGCAACGAGAGCAGCACGUCGGCGGCAUCGAACCACUCGCGCCGGUCGGUGCGCAAAGAGGCGCGCGAGGCACGCGAGACCAAGGAGACGCGCUUCAAGGACGACGCCGGCUACGCUUCGACGCGCGCGCACCUGUCUCGCUACAUCGAGGGCGACCAUCGCCAGGCGGGCUCGUCAUCGUCUCGGCGCGACCCCGUGCGUGGUGGGGCGUCGAGCUCGUCGUCGCUGCUCUCGACGCUCACGGCCAUGUUUGACUGGCGCAAGUCGAGUCAGCCGCGCACGUGGCUCAUGUCGGCGAUCGUCAUGAUGCUGGUGUUCUACCGCGUGGUGCGCAGGACGCCUGCAUCGGUCAGUGCUACGACGACACGACGAAACGCAGCGGUGCGCGAGACGCGCAACAAGCUCGUCGGGCGCACUUCGGGCGGUGCAUCGGCAGGCAGCGGCGUGCUGGGCUUCAACUGGAUCCUGCUCGUGUGGAACAAGGUGCUCGCCACCAUCAAGAUGUAA